AUGCAUAAGACCAAAAAUGGCUCGAAGAUAAACGUAAUUUCCAACCUCACGGACAUUCAAAAGCACUUCCAAAACUGAGGAGUCAGCAAUGAAGACCUUAUAAUCUCAUGCCAAGAUAAGCAAGAGGAUGGGAAAUUAGACAUCCAUAGCUUACAGGAAAUGGUCACAUUUUUGCAAAACUGAUCUUUCUUGAACAAACUUUCAACUAGAAACAUCAUCAAAAUAGGUCAGAGAUUUCAACCAAGAAGUUAUUCAAGAGGUAACAUAGUCCUCCACCAAGGGGCGAAGGCUCUUGGUGCCUAUGUUGUUAUUCAAGGCGACUUUCAGCUUCUGAAAAAAGUCAGAAUCUAUAGAGGAUGCUAUGACACAAGAUUCGGCCCAAUCUCAAAAAUGCCGGAGAUCAUCGAUACCAUCAAGGUCUCCUCGUUAGGAGAGCGCGAAGUAUUCGGUGUCCUCGACUCUCUUAAAAAGCCUUAUAAGGCUUUAUACACUGUUGAGUGUAUCUCCUCUGAAGGAAAGUUACUGUUUCUUGAUUUGCAAACAAUAGACUCUUUAUAACCAAUCUUUCACAUCGAAAAAUCGUUGAAGGAGCUGAAAUUAAAGAGAAGAUGUUUAGAAAGAGGAUUAAGAUCCAGAAAAAGCAAAAAGAGGAAGAAAUCUUGAACGCUGCUAAUUUAGAAAGUGAUAGGAAGAAGCAAAUAAAUUUCAGGUUUAGUCAUCAAUAUGAACUGGAUGCUACCGAAGAUGAAGAGGAGCUGGAAAAGCUCUGGGAGGCCUAUAAGAUGAAAGAACACCAAGAAUUCCUAUCCAACAACGGAAUCUCUUUACCUGAAAUUGUGCAAGGGUCUAAAUAAAGUCGAACCCCUCUGGACAAUUGACUGGUUGCACAAGACUAUAAAUCAGGAAGGGAAGGCUCUUAAGACUAAAAGAAGUCCAGGAAUCUUAAGUUUGCUCAACAAAGGUAACCACAAAAGGAGUGUGAGCUUAGUUCUAAACCUAAAAACCAAGCACACAGAUACUACCAAGAAGAAGCAUAAGAUUUCUCUCUGAAAGAUGGAAAGGCACAAUACGAACUCUAUGAAGAUCAUUAAGAAAACUGACAAAAAGCCUCCUUGAAGACCUCCACCCACCAAGAGCAUAAAGCAGUUAACGCAGGAGUGAUCAAAUUACACCAAGAAUAAAGUCAGCUUCAGAAAAGAUAUCGAAAGAUAUAAAUAAUCAUUACAAUAGACUUGGCCCUGACUACUUCAUUAACAAGAAGAAUUCUGAACUUGCUCAUGCUACAAGCAGAAAUAUCCAGAAAGCAUGUAGUGGAGAAGACCUAAGCAUCAAUGCUUCAAGUGUUAAUAUACCUAAGAGUUCCAAGAAUUUAUGAUUGCAUAGUCUAUCUGGACUUUCAAGCAGUGAGAAGCAUAUUGAGCAGCUCAAAUCUUUGAAAAGUUUGAACUUCCUGACAUCUCCACAAAGUUCUAAAAAUAUUAAUUUCUCCUUUAUCAGCACUCAGGAGACAGAUCAGAAUCUUCACCACACAGUUGAAAAGGAGCCGUCUCCUAAACUUAAGCCUAAGUUACCUACUUUAAAGGAGAAAAUAAGAAACAUUAACAUCCCAAAAUGCGAUUUCUUAACCAAGACAAUAGAAAAUGAGCAGAAAAAGGCGGGCUCAAGGAAACAGAAGUGCUUCAUAAGUGUUCAGGAUAUGAGCCAAGGAAUAUUCUAAAAUUGUACUUUGCGCCCAUUAUGUUCAAC